UAUGUUUAUACACUGAUCGAGGACAAGGCCCCCGUGAGCACCAUUCUUCGGGGGAUCUACGACCUGGCGCUGAGGGUCCAGGACAUCCACCUGGCAGGGUUCGCCCACAACGACAUCAAGAAGGACAACGUGAUCUUGGAGACGAGCGCCGACGGCCUCGAGGUCACGGCGCGGUUGAUCGACCUCGGCCUGUCCACGCGGCUCGGCGUGUGUCCCGGCUUCAGUGGGGAUCCGGAGUUCUUCAGCCACAUGGCCCCCGAGCUCCUCCAGAUGGGCGUGGUCAGCGUGGAGUCGGACCUGUACUCCAUCGGGAAUAUCCUGAGAUCCGUCCUGGAGCGCUAUCCGAAGGCCUUUCCUGAGGAAUGCCAAUUGAGCUUCAUAGCCUGGAACAUGACCUGCUCUGAGGCCGCAUAGCGCCCGCCUUUCCAAAUGUUCCUGGACGUCCUGGCCAGCAAUCUCGACGUCCCAGGGCAGUAAUGAUGGUGCCCGGCGCUGCUGAACGCCUGUGGCCAAGUGUUGUUGUGAUUUUUUGAUGUUUUUCGCUUGGCAUUUCUGCCAACGUAGCAUAAAAAAAAAAAAAAAAAAAAAAAAAAAAAAAAAAAAAAAAAAAAA